UGCAUUCGUUUCAGUCGCGGUCACUUCUACUUCAGGUUCUGGAACGAAGCCAUUAGCAAACUUGAAGGAUGAAAGGGUUCCUGUUGUUGCUGACGGCCACGGUAGCGACCUGCGCUCCGAGUCCUGACAGCGACGGUGCUCCUCGGCCGUUCAACUUCAUGCCGGAGCCUCAAGAAUGCGGCCCCAACGAGGUGUGGAAGCGGUGCGUGAGCAGCAGCUGCGCCGAGGCCAGCUGCAGAGAGCCCACCAUCGGCCCCGACUGCACUGCUGACUGUCGCCACGGAUGCUACUGCGCCGACGGGUUCUACCGGAACGACGAACGCAAGUGCGUCGCGCUGGACCAGUGCCCGCAACAGGGACCAAUAGUGUCCUGGCCUACGUCGUCGUCUUGCCGCGAAAACGAGGAGUGGAAGACGUGUGUGAGCAGUACUUGCGCCGAGGCCACGUGCGAGAAGAAGACCAUCGGUCCCGAAUGCACGCUGGACUGUCGGCGCGGCUGCUUCUGCUCUCAGGGAUUCUACCGUGACUCCCAACGCAACUGCGUCCGCGAAGACCAGUGCCCAACUGCGGCCUGGUCGUGGCCAUGGAGCCAAUGGCCAGCUGAGCCCUCAGAGAUGACACAAAGCUCCGGUGCUUCUGGGCUGUUCAACUUCGAGCCGGAGCCUCAAGAAUGCGACCUCAACGAGGUGUGGAAGCGGUGCGUGAGCAGCAGCUGCGCCGAAGCCAGCUGCAGAAGGCCUAUCAUCGGCCCCGCCUGCACGGCUGACUGCCGCUACGGCUGUUACUGCGCCGAAGGAUUCUACCGGAACGCCGAACGCAAGUGUGUCGCCUUGAACCAGUGCCCCCAACAAGGACCGCUAGCUUCGUGGCCUAUACCAACAUGUCGCGAAAACGAGGAGUUGAAGAUUUGCGUGAGCAGUUCUUGCGCCGAGGCGACGUGUGAGAAGAGGACCAUUGGUCCGGAAUGCACGCUGGACUGCCAGCGAGGGUGCUACUGCUCCCGGGGAUUCUACCGCGACUCCCAAGGCAACUGCGUCCGCGAAGACCAGUGCCCAUCUCCAGCCUAGGUCUUGAGGAAAUGUAUCAUCGACCAAUAAAGUCU